AUGGAUCCCCCAGUUUUGGCAGCCCUUAGGGAAUCGGAAUUGCCAUUUGGUAAACAUUUUCCUUUUAACAAUGGUGCUCUGUUUACUAAACCUUCUACUGAAGAUCGCCAUAGUUUAUCACCAAUGCUUUGGGAUAUGGGACAGAGCAGUAUGCGGCAACUUAUUGGACAUUUAGAUGCUCUCAAACGCCGAAGUCUUACUCUUACGAACGAUGUACUUCUUGAACGCCACCGGCUAGAAACUUGUGUAAAAGAAAUCCAACCUCUGCUUGACGUAGGAUUAAUAAAAAUCAAUGCACUGAAACAUGAGAUCAAACAGUUCGAAGACAACAAAUCAACAAUUGAGGAUAAUAAAAACUUCACAUAUACAACGGUGAUUAUUCGUCAAGAACUACAGCCUCUGCCAAAAGGUCAACAUGUUACAAACUGUUUGCAUUGCAAUAACACGUGCCACGAAAAUUGCCGAAUCCCUAAUGAUGAAGACAAAAAGGGAUGCUGGGCAAUGGAUGGAAAUGGCUUUUGCAGGAUCUGCGAAGACAAGUGUUUUUGGGACAAACAUAAAAAUACACCAUACAUUAUCAAAUACAUUUCUGUUGAGGAAACGAAAACAUAUGCGGAAAUGAAAGCAAAAUAUGAAGAGGCGUCGAAAAAACAUAUGACAUACUCAGAAAUUCUUGAAAGGAAAAACAACGAGUUGAAUCAAAUUGCAGAUGUUAUCGAAGAGAUGAUGAUAAAUGUUAGAAACUGUAAUAUGAGACUCUGUGAAAUAGCCCUGAGGCCUAACCCACUCACGAUGACACAGCAUAUUGAUAUGAUGAUUGAGAACGAGAAACUUUUGAAGAAAAGCGGCUGGUUGCAAAGAAUAGAAGCCCUAAACCGUAUACGAGAACGCGCGCAGGUGAUCGAUAAAGCAGAAUCGUUUACACGUGACAAUCGCCAGAUUAAAGAACGUUUUCGUGAGUUGUUUGGCUACGAUAAAUAG